AUGAACCAGUUCAGCUUCGGGGCGGCCGCGCCCGGCGGCGCCUUCAACCUGGGCGCGCCCCGAGCCGCCGCCGCCACCACCGCGGCCACCAGCAGCUUCUCCUUCUCCGCGCCCGCGCCCGCCGCCGCCGCCGCCUCCAGCGGCUUCAGCUUCGGCAGCGCGGCGCCGGCGGCGGGCGGCAGCCAGCCCGCCGGGCUCUUCUCCUUCAGCAAGCCGGGCACGGCCGCACAGCCCUCCGGCUUCAGCUUCGGCUCGGCCAGCGCGGCCCCCGCGGCCCCGGCGGCCGCCGCCUUCCCGCUGGGGGCAAACACCCCAAAAGUGAGCUUUGGAGCCAGCACUGCCACUUCAACUCCUGGAAUCACGGGAGGCUUUUCUUUUGGUGCCCCUGCCGCAACCAGCACACCCUCGAGUCAGGCAGCAGCCCCGUCUGGCUUUACCUUUGGCUCUGCUGGCACCAGCACCACCAGCACGGCUCCGUCUGGGACGACAGGAGGCUUCACCUUCUCCAGUGGCACCACGACUCAGGCGGGAACAGCCGGCUUCGGCAUCGGCACCGCGGCUCCGCAGGCGACGUCCGCAGGGCUGACCUUUGGCACGGCCCCUGCGGCUGCUGCCACCACCAGCACGGCCACCCUGGGAGCUGCCACCCCGGCAGCAGCGCCCUUCAGCCUUGGGGGACAGCCCACAGGUCUAACCUUUGCGGCACUGCCUUCAACAGCAGCCACCAGUACAACCACGGCCACGCUGACCACGAGUACCAGCCAGGCACCCACCCUGUCCUUUGGAACCAAGCUUGGAGUCGCAUCCACAGCUGCCACCACAGCCUCCACCACCAGCACCACCUCAGUGCUGGGCUCCACGGGGCCCUCUUUGUUUGCGUCUGUGGCCACUUCUUCAGCCUCCACCUCCACCACCACCACCACCACGGGCCUCUCACUUGGUGCCACUUCCACUGGUUCCACCGGGACAGCCCCUCUGGGGACACUUGGCUUUGGAUUGAAAGUUCCUGGAACAACAGCUGCCACAACAAGCACAGCCACUGGGACUACUUCUGCUUCUGGCUUUGCUUUGAAUCUGAAGCCAUUGACUACAACUGGUGCCAUUGGAGCUGUCACCUCCACAGCUGCCAUAACCACAACCACCACAACCAGUGCCCCCCCAGUGAUGACUUAUGCCCAGCUGGAGAGUUUGAUAAACAAGUGGAGCCUGGAACUGGAAGACCAAGAGAAGCACUUCCUCCAUCAAGCUACACAAGUUAAUGCCUGGGAUCGGAUGCUGAUAGAGAAUGGAGAGAAGGUGAGCUGAC